CGUUGCAUUUGCGGCGCCGCGGACCACGCACGCUUCUCAGCAUGGCUUCCGCGGACUCCCGGCGAAUGGGGAAUGAUGGUGGUGGUGGUGGUGUCGGGGGCGCCUUCCAGCCCUACCUGGACUCCUUGCGGCAGGAGCUGCAGCAGAGGGACCCGACGCUGCUGUCAGUCGUGGUGGCGCUUCUCGCGGUGCUGCUGACGCUGGUGCUGUGGAAGUUCAUCCGCAGCAGAAGGAGCAGUCAGAGAGCCGUUCUUCUCGUUGGCCUGUGUGACUCCGGGAAGACAUUGCUCUUUGUCAGAUUGUUAACGGGCCUUUACAGAGACACUCAGACUUCCAUCACUGACAGCUCUGCUGCAUACAGAGUCAACAAUUCCAGGGGCACUAACCUGACCUUGAUUGACCUCCCUGGCCACGAGAGCUUGAGACUUCAGUUCUUAGAGCGGUUUAAGGCUUCAGCCCGGGCUGUUGUGUUUGUUGUGGAUAGUGCAGCCUUCCAGCGAGAGGUGAAGGAUGUGGCUGAGUUUCUGUAUCAAGUCCUCGUUGACAGCAUGAGUCUGAAGAACGCACCAUCAUUCUUAAUUGCCUGCAAUAAGCAAGACAUUACAAUGGCAAAAUCAGCAAAGUUAAUUCAGCAACAGCUUGAGAAAGAACUCAACACUUUACGAGUCACCCGCUCUGCGGCCCCCAGCACACUGGACAGUUCCAGCGCAGCCCCUGCUCAGCUGGGAAAGAAAGGCAAAGAAUUUGAAUUCUCGCAGUUGCCCCUCAAAGUGGAGUUCGUGGAGUGUAGUGCCAAGGGUGGAAGAGGGGACGCCAGCUCUGCUGACAUCCAGGACUUGGAGAAGUGGCUGGCUAAGAUCGCCUGAGGGGCGAACUCAGACACCCAGCUGUGAAUGUGCAUGUGGUGACGGACAGUUUUGGAAAAGGGUGUAGUUAGAAACAUUUCCUUGUUCUGGAAACAAGUUAUUGUAGAAUUCCAGCCUGGAGUUUUCUUUAAAAGUCCAGUUCCCCUUAUUGCUUUCAAACUUGUCACUUUUAUUGACUCGUGUGCCUUCCCUUUGUUAAAGUGUACGUGAUAUCCCGUUAGUGUAUGCUUGAUGUUCGUCUUUGUGACCAUGACAAGCAAACUCCACGUAGAGAAGAUCAUGAGACCAUGGUUACCAUCUGAAAAGUUAAGAAUCUUGUGCUUUGGUCCCUUUUUUCUGGAAACAAACCUCUGUGUAUGGAACCAGUUAAUUUCCAAUUACCCUUGAGGUUCAUGGACAGUAUAUCAUUUAGUCCUUUUGAACUCUCAGAUUUGUAUGUACAAUUACAAUAUGGUCUCCCGACAUGUGGAGACAGAUAUAAAACAGCAAGGCUGUGUUGACAGUGGGUCUGUUCUUCAUCAGCUCAGUGACUUGUCCACACUCCACCCUCAUAGCAUUUAAGUUUCCAAAACGUGACGAACCCUUGGAAUUAAUCAUUCCCAAGUGAUAGAACUGUAAGUGCUAUUUUGCCAAAUGCCAAGGGUCUAGUGGUUUCCCCUAACGGGGAGUAUAUGGAGAUUUAGAAGCCCUUCUGCUUUCUGGGUGGCUGAAGGCUCCUGAUCUAUCUUCAUGUGCUGUUUGAUCAGCUCCUGUUGUGUACUCUUAGCUAGAAUGCCGUGGAACAAAUGCAAAAUGAAAAACGUUUUCUGGAUUUUUAAUGUGCAUUUCACUUACGUUAAGAAAAAUGGCCUUUUCAAAGUGAUUAUUUGCUGUCUUCUUAAAUGUAUGGAUUUUAUAAAUUAUUAAUACAUUUCUUGGUAAAUAAAACAGCCUGUUUAGCUCAAAGCGA